ACCAAAUUAAAUUAUUUUGAAGCUUGAACUAUCGCAUGAGUAUCACGGAUUCCAUCACCAGGUUACACUUCCCGGGGCAAUAGUCCAAUAUCCGACACCCCACCAUUUCCUAUAUCAACUUCUCUUUCAACUUCUCUUUCAAAUCCUCCCAUUCUGCCUACGGUCCCAGAGCGUGUUACUUUGGAGAUCCACCAAGCAAGCCAAACAGUCGAGCUUACGGUGUACUUCUUCUCCGCGGUCUCGCCGAAUUCUAUGCUUCUUCUUCCGCCGCUUUCAGCUUCAGAUACUCACCCACGAUAUCACAUCUCUAUCGGCACCAACCCUUACGCCGAGUUCGUACAUAACGGCCAUCCGAAAGGGAGCGUCAGAAGUAUAUUGUGGAAGGGACAAGUCAAUAAUUUGUUUUGGGAUGAUGGCUCGACUACAAAGAAGUGCUACCAUAGACUUCAACGGUCAGGGGAGCCAGCACAGCUCACGCAACUUAAAAUAUAUCCGGAAAGUCAAGAACACUUUGAUGACAUCCUGAUAUCUAUCCUCGUUCUGGAGGGGAAACGCACCACCUUGGCUGUGAAAGACGAAGCUAUGCUUGCAAUUUCAUCCAUCCGAAAACCUAUGGGAGCUAUAUACACGCCGUCACUGUCUCGCGACAUCAGAUCUGCAGUAACGGAUGUUGGAAGACUUUCACGACAGCGACGCUGUCGUUACACGGACGUUCCACCGUCCGGGGAAGGAGAUGACUACAACAAUCAGCUUCAUUCUUUGUAAUAUGGGUGACCAAUAUGCAAUAAAACGGUUUUUUCGAAUCGAAGUGAAACACGCCUUGCAAUAACGGCGCCAAUUUGCUGUAUCCAGUCAGCUGUUCGCUCUGGGUCCAUCUCCUAUCGUCUGGCACCGACGUGUCCGUAGCUUAUCACAACAGAACGUAAGACAACCAUUAAAUUUGAUGUUGAUUAUUUCC